AUAACAAUGAAGUGCAACUUGGUAUACUUCUUACAGAUUUUAAUUAUAUUUUAUUUUAUUCAAUUUGUCAAAAUUCACCAAAAUUUUUUAAACGAUUUAAAAAUGCAACCGAUAAGUGUCCCGAAAUGACGGAAUGGGAAUCAUUACUCCCGAAAGAAAGCUAUUAUAUAAAAUUUCCAGCUGAAUACGUUGUAGUUCAUCAUACAAUGGGACUAAGGUGUUUAAAUUCCAAAAUAUGUAAACGAAUCGUACAAAAUAUUCAAAUAUAUUCAAUGAACGUUAUGACAUUGCCUGAUAUUAAAUUUAAUUUUUUAUUAGGAGAAGAUGGUAAAAUUUAUCAAGGAACAGGAUGGUUUCGAAAAAGUUUCCAUACAUCUGAUGACAUUAACUCAAAAUCAAUAUCAAUUGCAUUUAUUGGUGACUUUAUAGAUGACCGACCAAAUAACGAGGCAAUGAUAAGUUUACAGAAUUUAAUAAAAUGUGGAAAAAUGUCAGGAUAUUUAGCUAAAAAUUACAAACUUGUAGCCGCAUUUCAAAUAGAAAAUUCAACAAAAGGACCUGGCAAAUAUGUUUUUUAUGAGUUGCAAACAUUAGAAAAUUUUUUUAACGGUGAAAAUGAAACAACGUAAAAAAUUUCUAAUUUUACUUUUUUUAUUAAUAAUUAUACAUAAAUAAAAUUUCUAAAACUUACAUACAAA